AUGGCACCAGAUGAAAUAGCGGACGCAGCGAACGAAUUUUGCGGAAACUCUAGUUCCCUUCCAAUUUCUGCGAUCAUAACUCGAGCAGGCCUUGUGCUGUUAGCUGUGUUCAUCAUAGCAGCUAAUUUGACAGUCAUAUUUUUGGUUGUGCUUAAAGACUGUUUAAGGACUAAAACGAACUUUUGUUUGUGCAGUCUCGCAGCAAGUGAUUUUAUGGCGGGAUUAAUCGCCGUGCCCUUGACAAUUGCCUGCUCUUCCACAUUGUGUGUUAUUCCAGAACUUUGUUUGGCCAUGGAUCUGUGUCAGCGAUUCUUGACGAUUUCAUCAAUUAUCCACCUCUUGGUCAUCACAACCGAGCGGUAUACCAUGAUUGUUUACCCGAUGGUCUAUCCUCGAGUCAUGACAAAAUCCCGUAUCUUGACCUCGUUAUUGUUUACCUGGUUACUAUCGCUUUUUGUUUCACUCAUUCAGCUGUUUUGGUAUGAGCCAGUACAUGGGGAAAUGCCGCUGCCAAACAAAUAUCUGAUCUAUGAUAUUUUCUGCGUUGCGAUUAUCGUAUUAUUGCCACUUACGUUCAUGAUCUACGCCCAUGCCCACAUACUAGUGGUUGCUAGGCGACAGAUUCGCAUGAUCCGGCGGCAGACUGACCAUUUGCGGGCAGCCAAUCAGAAGACAGAAAAACACAGCAUGCAGCUGGUUUAUAUCUGUAUGCUGGGAAUCUUUAUAACUGGAUGGGUCCCUUACUUCCUGCUAGCCAUUGAAGCUGAUUCAAACUAUACUUGGAUUGUUAUCCCUCCCUGGGUACAAGAAGCUUCAUUAUUUUUCAAGUUUUUUACCGGCCUCUUUAAUCCACUUCUCUACACCUAUUUCAAGAGUGACUUUAAGAAAGAAGUUUUGACAUUAUGCCGCAAGCUCAAGAUUUCUCACUAUUGUCUGUCCACCUCAAAGAGCAGUAUUCAAUUGACUAGCCGGGCAGAAUACUUAAUCGAAGAAAAGGAGGAACAUGGGCUAAUAUUAGAGCGCGAAUCUGUCGUUUGA